CGCACAGAGAGAGAGAGAGAGAGAGAGAGAGAGAGAGAGAGUAAUUUAGCACUGUUCUGUAAGAAAGAAAUGGUGAGAACUCCCUGCUGUGAGAAGAAUGGACUGAAGAAGGGGUCAUGGACGCCCGAAGAAGACCAGAAGCUCAUUGAUUUCAUCACCAAGAAUGGCCAUGGAAGCUGGAGAGCACUGCCGAAGAGAGCAGGACUGCAACGUUGCGGUAAGAGUUGCAGACUGAGAUGGACAAACUAUCUGCGACCAGACAUCAAACGAGGGCAGCUCUCCUAUGAAGAGGAAACCACCAUUAUCAGACUCCACGCGGUCCUCGGAAACAAAUGGUCAGCGAUAGCGGCGAGCUUGCCUGGGAGGACUGAUAACGAAAUAAAGAACCACUGGAACACCCAUAUAAAGAAAAAGUUGAUAAAGAUGGGAAUCGACCCUGUGACCCACAGGGCCAUUCCCGUUGCACAAGCACCACAUGCUGAUACCAACUUCCCGCUAUCGAAUCUGCUGAACCAGGCAUCCAACUGGGCGGAAUUAGAAACACAGAGCAACUCGUUAGCACAUAUGCUUGCCAGAGGCAAUCUCCAGCCACAUUGUCAUGAGGUUCGUCCUGCGGCACAAACAGGCACCUUUGACAGCUUAAACAUCGUGGCAGGCAGCGGCAGGUUCAGCGGAGGAAUGCCCAUCAGUGCCAUUAUAGAUCAUGAGAUGCCGAAUGGAAACAAGGCCUAUGAAGGAGCAACAGUCAGCGGUGAAGGUGAGGAGAAACGCGAGUACUGGUCAAGCAUGCUCGGCUGCGUCGGCAAUGCAAACCUUCAUAGUUUCAAAUACUAAUAUAGACGAAGUAAUAUGUCAAUAUGCUCUAUCUCCCCCUUCCCCCAACCAAGAAAAGUGUAUACGAUAUCCCACGUUGACGUAAGUGUAAAUGACAUGGGAUUGACACAAAAAAAAACAUAAAGAGGAAAUCAUAUCCAUCUACUUUGGCACCAUUAUAACAUUCAGCA